AUGCCACCUCGUGACGGUCGUGACAGUCGCGAUGAGUCGGCCGAAGCAGAGAUCGAAGUCUUCUCCAAGUCUCUCAAUGCAUGGGUACCUGGCAAGGUGUGGCUCUUUGCUUCAGCUGGGAGGAUCACUGUGACGUACACAAUCAAAGGCCAGAGAUGUCGCAAGCACCUCCUUCCGUGGACCCAGCAGAUUCGGUCCGUCGGGGAGCUGUUGGAGAUGGAUCCCGACAGCAGCCCUGCGCAAGAGGUGAGAGUUGUGGGUGACACGCUGCCAAGCUGGGAGCUUGAAGAAGAAGCUGAUCCAGAUUUUAGCUUCACGCACCUGUUUGAUGCCCUCUUCUGUGAAAUGCCCGUGAAUGCUACUUUGAAGAAUGCCAUGCAGGCAGCGGCCCAAAAGCAGGAAGUCUACUGCAGCACGCGCAUUCACGAGGCCUCAGCAGCCUAUGCCUCCGCGCAAGUUUCUGAAGCUGAAGCUUGCUUAGCAGAGUCCGGUGAGUUCUUUGAGGACAUGCAGGACCUCGACUUCCAGCGAAGCAUUGUGAACUCUCUGCGUUUGGUCUCUCACAUGGAAGCGUCGAGCCUGAGGAUCUGGUGCGGCAGACCCAUGGCACUGGACGUGGUCCAGGGUCGUGAAUGCCCCAACUGUGGGCUUCUCGUGGCCAUGGCUGCAAUCGCUGAUCAUCAUGAUGGCUACCUGGUACGCCAGCUCUUUCCCCAAUUUCAACAUUGGGACGGACAUGAAGAUCCUCCACUGAACUCGUCAGGUUGCUACGUGGUAUCCCUCUUUCUCCACACUAAGAAUUCCAACUUGGAGAGGUUCAAGAAGCAUCACCCAAGCCUGAAAGCAGGCCAGGACAGGAUCAUCCUGGACGCCACCUCAAGGUCCGAAACUCUUACCAAGGGCUCCUGGCGCAGUAUCGUCAUUGAUGAUAAGCUUCCAGUAGACAGUAUGGGAAGGCUGGAGAACUGCCAGUUUUCCAGGAACAAGGUAUGGCCCAGCCUUCUAGAGAAGGCUUUUGCGAAGGUCUGUGGGAGCUAUGGCAAGACUGCAUAUGUCGGCCUCGCUGACGCCUUAGUGAUGCUAACAGGUCAAAGCACUUUCCAGGUGGACCUUAGGGAGCUUUUCAACAAGGAGAAACGUCAGCUCUGGAAGGAUCUGAGUGAGUACCAAAGAUCUGGCAUCCUAAUGACGGCCGCCAUUUACGAUGAUUCUUCGCUGCUCUUUGGGCAGGCAGACUCCAUGACAGGGAAUGGCUUACAGCGCAAUCACGCCUACACCGUCCUAGAGACGCUGUCCAUAAUCUUGGACUUGACUGGUGAGGUGCUGUCCCUUGUCAAGCUCAGAGAUCCCCAUGGCCGGACCACGUAUUCAGGGCCCUGGUGCCCACGCUGCCCACGAUGGACGGCCAGCCUCAGACAGAAGAUCCAUGGAACCGACCGGGGUGUUUUCUGCAUGACCUGGCAGGAUUUCCUCGCCACCUUUGAUGAAAUCAACAUCUGCAAAGUGCGCCCCAGACAAGAAGGUGGGACAGAAGCCAAGCCUGAAGGAGCAUGGCACGGUUGGACUUUGCAGUCCACGCCAGGUGGGCGCUAUUUUCACCAUCACGCUGCAACCGGGACUAGCCAGUGGGAGGUGCCACCGGAAAUGGUCCCCUUUGUAGGUGAAUGGCGCCAGGUGGGAGAUCCAAGCUCCGCUUACUGGCACAACGACGCUCUGGGGACAAGUUCUUGGAAAGACCCUCGGAACUGCAGCAGCAUCCAUGAGGCUGCCUUGGACGGCAACUUGGCCUACUUGAUGCUCUAUGCCAUGGCUGGGGGCUUCAUAGAUGCUGUGAAUGUGAAGGGCCGGUCUGCCCUCCACAAUGCUGCCGCGGCAGGGCAGAAUGAGGUUAUCGUGCACCUGCUACAUCAGAAGGCCGACGUGAAUUUGAUGGACCAGGGUUUGUCGACGCCCCUGCAUUGGGGGGCGCGAUACGGUCACGAAACAGCCGUGCAGCUAUUGCUGCAGGCUGGUGCAAAUGUGGAUGGCAGCAAUAUGUUGGGGGACACGCCUUUGCAUGAGGCUUCUGGUUUGGGCCAGAUGAAGAUCUUGCCCAUCUUGAUGGCAGCGUGUGCCAACCCUCUGGUCCGGAAUGCAGAGCAGCGGACAGCAGCAGAAGUGGCAGGCGUUCGUGGCUGGGCGGAGGCUCGCGAUCUGCUUGUGGGCUACGAGCAGAACUGGGCUGAUCAUGAAGACCUCGCAGAGGCUGAGCGUCUGAGUCACGGCCUUGGACAGCUCGAUCCCAGAUGUGCGCUAGCUGCAAGCUUUGAGUCCAGCUUUCAGCGAGUCUUGGUGGAGGAUGGCUGGGACGAAGUCAGAGGGAUGGGUUUGGUGGGGAAUUUCCUUGGUAUCCUCGUGCUGUUCAUCGGCAUGGCAGGAGCUGGGUGCGUAACCCUGAGACUCACAUCUUCGGAGGACAAGGCGCCAGCAGAUGCUGAACAGUUUCGCGUUUGGGCAAGUAUGCCCUUUU